CACGCCGCCUUCCCCGCCAUACUCUCCCACCCUUCCUUUCGUCUACAGCUCUCUGCAUCGCUUGGGACACUUCGAAUAGAUUGCAAUCAUGUCGCGGAGAUACGAUUCCCGGACGACAAUCUUCUCCCCAGAAGGCCGCUUGUACCAGGUCGAAUAUGCGCUCGAAGCCAUCUCGCACGCAGGAACAGCGCUUGGUAUAUUAGCAAAGGAUGGUAUCGUCCUCGCCGCAGAGAGGAAGGUGACUAGCAAGCUGUUGGAGCAGGACACAUCAGCGGAGAAGCUGUACAUCCUGAACGACAACAUGAUCUGCGCUGUAGCAGGCAUGACCGCCGAUGCCAACAUCCUCAUCAACUACGCCCGUCAAGCCGCCCAGCGUUACCUCCUCACCUACAACGAAGACAUCCCUUGUGAGCAGCUUGUGCGCCGCCUAUGCGAUCUCAAACAAGGCUAUACGCAACAUGGCGGUCUUCGGCCUUUCGGCGUCUCGUUCAUCUAUGCUGGCUGGGAUCCGCAGCGACAGUUUCAGCUGUACCAGAGCAACCCUAGUGGCAACUACGGCGGGUGGAAGGCAACGAGUGUCGGCGCGAACAACGCCUCAGCUCAGAGCUUGCUGAAGCAGGAUUACAAGGAGGAUUGCGACUUGAAGGAAGCUUGCGGGCUCGCCGUCAAGGUGCUCAGCAAGACCAUGGACUCUACAAAGCUAAGCAGCGAGAAGAUUGAAUUCGCGACAGUCGGAAGGACAAAGGCUGGCAAGAUUUAUCACCACCUCUGGGGUGCGGAUGAAAUCGAUGCCCUGUUGAAGGAGCAUGGCCUGGCUAAGCCAGAGGAUACGGAGAUGUCCGAGACAUGAGCAUCAUGACAAUUGAACGACAAGAUUUGGCGCAACGGUUCGGCCUCUACAUGAUAGAACGAGGCUUGUAGUAUACCAUAUCAGGUGAGAGCUAUGUGGCAUCUCGCAGCUAAUUCACCUCAUGAUGAUGAUCAGUUCUUGUGUCUAUUCCACUACGCUUUCUCGUGUUUUUGAAUUCCAAUCUCGUAUCUUUGUUUG